GGCGAUCCGUAUUUAUUGUUCGCAAUGAUACUGGUCUUUUUAAUGAAUUGCUCUGAGCAACUGCUGGCGCUAAGCACCAAAAGUGAACUGGUUGAUACAAUUCGGUUUUUAGUCAAAGAGCUCUCCGUUGGAGAUGUCGAUGACUUCUUUGACCUGACCGUCCUGUUUCUCAGCCAGACGCCAUCAUCAAUCAAACAGGAUUUCCAACGCGUCCUAUUCGGUUCAAGGCGAGACGGUGAAGUGCGGGCCGAUAUUGCUCGACUGCUUGCGUUACCGAUCGAUCCGCGUGAUGUUAUUCGCAUGGGUUUCGAUGAGAACUUCAAUACUUCAGAAUCGGAGCCAAAUUUUUUCAUCAUCGAUGCUCGUUCCCAUGAUCAGUAUGCAGCUGGUCAUUUGGAUGGCUCAUACAAUCUCGAUUCUACACUUUUUGUUGAAGCCCCAGCUCAGUAUAAGUUAGCGCUGACGAGUCUGGAUGCUUAUCGUUGCACAUCUCAUCCGGAUGAGCAUAUUUUAUUCCUCGGUUCUGGGCGUGAAGAUGAUUUAUAUUUGCACAUGGUUAUUGCAAAUUUUCUGCAGCAAGGAAGAAAACAUAUUGCCUUGGUUGACGGCGGCUACAAAGCACUGCACGAGCAAUUUGGAGGGCAUUUUGAACGCUUGGAUGGGCACUAUGCCGCCCUGUGUAAAGAAUGCAAGCGCGAAUCGUCUCCAACAAUGGAAAAGGAAGCCCAGAGGAAGUCUUCCUGGAAGCUUGGUGUUGGCAAUAUUCUUGGUGCAGUAAAAGCAACCGCCCCUUCAAUCACCGAAAAAGUUCGAAAAUUACCGAAAAUCGUAUCCCGUGGUUCAGCUGUUACCGAAAUUAAUCAUGUCGAGGCGAGCCAACGGCACGGCAAGCGCUAUCGCAAUGAAAAAUCGGUGUUCACCCUCAGUGAUUCGGACUCGGAAGCUGAAAAUGUCACUGCUCUGCCAAGUCCAAAUGCCUCUGAGUUAAAAAAAUUGGAAGAUGCGCUUGAGCAGAAUGAUGUACUGGAAUAUUUCGAAGGUGUGGAAGUGUUUUCGGAGGGAGCGGCCCAUCGCACUGUGCCGUGCUAUUUAGCUUUAACGAGAACGCACAUUCAUAUUUUUCACCAGACAGAAAAGGCUGGCGAAGUAGUUUCUCGAUCACGCCAUGCAUAUGGAUCAGUGCUGCGUGUUUCAAGUAGGAAAAAAAUUCCUGAAAUGCUAACUUUCAAAUUUGGCUAUUGCACGGACGAAGAUGAAUUCAAGGUGUUGCCUACUGGCUUUACAUUCACUGUGACCGCAGUUCAUCGUUUCAUACUGCCGAGGGCUGGCGAAUGCGCGAAAUCGAUCAAAAUGAACAUUGUGACGCUGCGUCCGAGCAUUUUGGACUGA